AUGUCCCCCGUAAACAUCGUGCUCAGCUAUGCAUGGUAUUUUCAAAAAGAUCGCUACGACUGGAGUUUCGAGAUCACGGGCAACCUAAAAGAAUAUAAUAAAAAGUUUCCAACAGGCCAUGCUAUUGGACCAGAACAUGCAAGGGCUAUACUGUCGGAACCUCAAACGGCCUUUCAUGUACCAUAUGAGAUGUGGUUAUGGCCAAAGGUUCUUCUCAGUUACUGCUUGUCACACCGAGUCAAUCCCGAAUUCCGAUCAGGUGAAUCUGCACAAGGUGAAUCCUGUCUUGUCUGGCUGAGCUGGCUGAUAAUCUAUGCAAGGUGA